UCUGGUGACGGCAGAAACGGCCCCUACUCCAACAAGGGGUGCUCCCGAGGGUGGCUGGGAAUUAGAAGAGCCAAGGACACCUCAACUUGUGGAUUUAGGGGUUCUCUCUGUCCAUGGGUGCUGCACCUYGGCCCAGCUGGUGAGCUUCCUGCCAGGACAACAGCCAUGGCACUCAGGAAUGUGCCCUUCCGCUCAGAGGUCCUGGCCUGGGACUCAGACAGCCUUGCGGACUAUUUCAAGAAGCUGAACUACAAGGACUGCGAGAAGGCAGUGAAGAGGUUCAACAUCGAUGGUGCCCGGUUUUUGAACCUGACAGAAAAUGACAUCCAGAAGUUCCCUAAGCUCCGGGUACCGAUUCUCAGCAAGUUAAGUCAAGACAUCAACAAGAACGAAGAGAGAAGGAGCAUCUUCACACGCCGACCCCAAGUCCAGCGGUUUCCAGAAGAGACAGAAAGCCAUGAAGAGGAUGGGGGCUGGUCAUCCUUUGAGGAGGACGACUAUGAAAGCCCCAAUGACGAGCCAGACGGGGAGGACGAUGGGGACUACGAAUCUCCCAAUGAGGAGGAAGAAGAUGCAGCAGUGGAGGACGAUGCAGAGUACGAGCCACCGCCCUCCAACGACGAGGAAGCUCUGCAGAACUCCAUCCUGCCUGCCAAGCCAUUCCCCACCACUAACUCCAUGUACAUCGACCGGCCCCCCGCGGGGAAAUCCCCUCAGCWGCCUCCUGUGCCCCCGCAGAGACCCAUGGCUGCCCUUCCUCCUCUGCCAGCCACCAGCAUGACCGGCCGGAACCACUCGCCACUUCCCCCACCCCAGCCCAACCAGGAAGAGCCAAGCAGAAGCCGAAACCACAAAACUGCAAAGCUGCCCCCUCCUUCCAUCGACAGAAGCACCAAACCACCCCUGGAUCGCUCACUAGCUCCCUUUGACAGAGAGCCCAUCAUACCAGGGAAGAAGCCUGCGUUUUCUGACAAGCCCUCGGCCCCGGCGGGAAGGACUCUCGGGGACCAUUUACCCAAGAUCCCAAAGCCUCCUUUACCACCAGCCACAGAGAGACAUGAAAGAAGCGGUCCCUUGCCUGGGAAGAAGCCACCUGUGCCAAAGCAUGGAUGGGGACCAGACAGAAGAGAGAAUGAUGAAGAUGAUGUGCAUCAGAGACCCUUGCCCCAGCCUGCACUGCUCUCUAUGAGCUCCAAUACCUUCCCCUCAAGAUCCACCAAGCCAGCCCUCAAGCACCCGCUCCUGUCCUCUCACGGGCCUGGGACAUUCUCAGAAAGUAACAGCAGUUUCCCACAGAGUGCCUCUCUGCCGCUGAACUUCUCUCAAGGCCCCAGCAACCGCCCACCUCUCAGAGCUGAAGGCAGAACCUUGCCCUUGCCAGUGCCGAGCAGACCUCAGCCCCCGUCCGCUGGGGCGGAAGAGAAUUCACUGGAUGAAGAGUGGUACAUUUCUUACAUUACCCGGCCAGAGGCAGAAGCUGCCCUUAGAAAGAUAAACCAGGAUGGCACUUUUCUGGUUAGAGACAGCUCUAAAAAAACAAUAAGCAACCCAUAUGUCCUCAUGGUAUUGUACAAAGAUAAAGUCUACAACAUCCAGAUCCGUUAUCAGGAGGAGAGCCAGGUCUACAUGCUGGGAACUGGACUCCGGGGGAAGGAGGAUUUUUUGUCGGUGUCAGAUAUUAUUGACUACUUCAGAAAAAUGCCACUUCUGCUCAUUGAUGGGAAAAAUCGAGGCUCUAGAUACCAAUGCACAUUAACGCACGCUGCAGGGUGUCUGUAGCAAGUGAGUAAGGAGACGGACUUUCCUUUUGCCUCUGUUGUGGACCUGAGAAGAUCAACCGACCUUGGUGAAUGGACAACGGUACUGAAACCAACCCCUCGACAUGGACACGAGAGUUUUGUACUUCCCUUUAAAAACAGUGUUUGAAAUGAAGACUGUCAAAUAUACCAUAAUUUAUUUAUUCCUCUUUAAUGUUUAUAAAGUGAAAGAGUAAUAUUGUUCACACUUGAAGUCUAGUAGUGUACUAUGUACUUCAUUUGAAAAAAAAAAAAAGAUGUGUAUUUUUGUUUGCCCAUUUUGAAGUGAAGUUGUUUACAUAGCCACAGCAAAUUUGGGGCAAGUUUAUAAACACUGAAACAGUAGUAGUUUUUGAUAUCACAUGGAACAUAGCCAAGCCUUUGUCAGUCAGAGGUAAUCAUCAGUUUUUUUUAUAUAACUUAAAAGUUACUAAAAUUCUUUUUUUCAGCAGCAAUAAUUUGAGGCUUCAAAAAUAUAAUGCCACUGGUUCUUAUUUGGUGUUUUCUGCUGGGGGGAUUUUGUGUACUUUUUAAUGACAAGAUAAAUGCAUGUUGGGAUAACUUCCUGGGAUUAAAAUAGUCUUUUGCCUUUCU